GGGAUUUUCCCAUGAGUCUCAAUAUUAGAGUUUCAACCCCCAAUAAAUAUGAGACCGGGGAUGUCUGAGGUUCAGUCUGCCCUCGAGCCCACCAGGAACGAAAGAGAGCUCCAUUUGCCCUCCAGGAACCCAGCUAUGAACUCCCUCUCCACAAUCGCCUUCUCCCUGGGGCUGCUCCUGGUGAUGGCUACUGCUUUCCCUACCCCGGGACCCCUGGGAGAAGAUUUCAAAGAUGAUACCACUUCAGACAGACUACUCCUCACCUCUCCAGACAAAACUGAAGCUCUCAUUAAGUACAUCCUCGGCAAAAUCUCUGCAAUGAGAAAGGAGAUGUGUGAGAAGUAUGACAAGUGUGAAAACAGCAAGGAGGCACUGGCAGAAAACAACCUGAACCUUCCAAAAAUGGCAGAAAAAGACGGAUGCUUCCAAUCUGGGUUCAAUCAGGAGACCUGCUUGAUGAAAAUCACCACUGGUCUUCUGGAGUAUCAGAUAUACCUGGACUACCUCCAGAACGAGUACGAGGGUGAUAAGGGAAGCAUCGAGGCUGUGCAGAUUAGUAUCAAAGCACUGGUCCAGAUCCUGAGGCAAAAGGUAAAGAAUCCAGAUGAAGUAACCACCCCUGACCCAACUACAAAUGCCACCCUGCUGAAUAAUCUGCAGUCACAGAACAAUGACUGGAUGAAGAACACAAAGAUUAUCCUCAUCCUGCGAAGCCUUGAGAAUUUCCUGCAGUUCAGCCUGAGGGCUAUUCGGAUAAAGUAGCUGGGGCACCUAAGAUUGCUGUAGUUCAUGGGCAUUCCCUCCUCUGGUCAGAAACCUGUCCACUGGGCACAUAACUUAUGUUGUUCUCUAUGAAGA